GACAUUUUGUGUGUGCUUCUGGAAGUAAAAGGCGAUUGUGACGAAUCUCAUAGUUUCAUUAAUAAUACAUGGCGCAGCUUUCAAAAUGAUGCAGUGCAAUCUACCUGAAAAAUUGGUUUUGUCAGGUAACUUGGCAGAGAACUGGCGAGUUUUCAAGCAAGCCCUCGACAUUUAUUUAGUAGCUGCAGGUUUAGAAGAAAAAUCUGAUAAGAGGAAACUUGCCAUAUUUCUUAAUUUUGUGGGAGAGGAAGGUCUAAAAAUCUACAAUAAUUUCAACUUGAAAAAAGAGGAAGACACGUUCGAAAAUGUAUUGCAAGAAUUUGAAAAAUAUUGUCAACCCAAGAAAAAUGUACUCUACAGUCGAUACUUGUUUUAUAAAAGACAACAGAUGGAGGGUGAACCUUUUGACAAAUUCUUAACCGAAGUGACUAAAUUGGUAAAAGAUUGUAGUUUUAAAAUUGAGGAAGAGGCACUCCGAGACAAGUUAGUAUUGGGAACGUCAGAUACAAGAUGUCAGAGUAAGUUAUUAGUCGAAGGAGAAUUAUCCUUAGAUGAGGUCAUAAAAAGGUUGAGAGUUGCAGAAUUAGACAGGAAGCAAAUACAAGAAAUUCAGUUGAAGGAAUCAAAUUCACUGGUGGUUGAUGCAGUAAAUAAAAGUAAAGCAUUGGAUGAAAGGGUGAUAAAAUGUAAGUGGUGUGGUCAACAGCAUGUUGCCAAAUUACAAAAAUGUCCUGCGAGGGGGAAGGAGUGUACUAAAUGUCGAAAACUAAAUCACUUUGCUAAGGUGUGUUAUACAAAAUUGCAUACUGUAAGAGCGGUGAACAACAACGAACUGAAUAAUUCCAGUGGUGAAGAGUAUUACUGCGGGUCUGUAUUACACAUUACUGAUUGUUUAAAUAUUUGUUGGGAAGAAAAAUUAUUGAUAGAAAAUAGCAUUUAUGUUAAAUUUAAAUUGGACACAGGUUCUGAGGUUAAUUUAAUACCAUACCAAGUUUACAACAAAUUAUUAAAGUUAAAAAAGCUGAGUUUAAAUAAAUGUAAAGUUAGAUUAAAUGCAUACAAUAAAUCAAGUAUAAAUGUAUAUGGAACUGUAAUGUUAGAAAUAAAAUUGGGAUCUAAGUCAUAUUUUAUAGAUUUUAUAGUUACAGAGUCAGGAUAUCUGCCAACUUUAGGUAAAGAUACAUGUGUUUUGCUUGGGUUAAUAGAAAGGAAACAGGUCAACAAUAUUAAGACUGAAACUAGUGGAACCAUAGACAAAAGUGAAGUUAUUCAUAAAUUUUCUGAUGUCUUUACAGGUUCAGGCAGGUUUCCUGAGCUGCAUGAGUUGAAACUAAAACCAGACUCAGAACCUGUAUCUAAACCUCCACAUAGGGUACCUAUAAAAUUAAAAGAAAAACUAAAAAUUGAACUAGAACGUUUAUGCCAUCUGGGUGUUAUUUCCAAACAAAAAGAACCUACUGAAUGGAUUAAUAGAAUUGUGAUUGUUGAAAAGGAUGAAGACUCUAUUAGGGUGUGCCUAGAUCCUAAAGCCCUUAAUAAGUGUAUCUUAAAAAAAUAUUAUGAGAUACCUACAAUUAAUGAUUUAAAAACAAAGAUAGGUAAGGCAAAGUUUUUCUCUGUGUUAGAUUUGAAAGAAUCUUUCUGGCAAAUAGGUUUGUCAGAGGACAGUAAAAAGUUAUGUACCUUUUCAACUGUUUUUGGAACAUACUCCUUUAAUGUACUACCUUUUGGCCUCGAUGUUUCUGCUGAAAUUUUUCAAGAAAAUUGUGAAAAACACUUUAAUGGUAUUGAUAAUAUUUUUAUUUAUAUCGAUGAUUUUUUAAUCUAUGGCCGUACUAAAGCUGAACAUGAUAUAGCUUUAAAUAGAGUACUGUCACGGGCUAGGGAACUCAAUAUCAAGUUUAAUCUUAAAAAAUUCCAGUAUCUUCCAAAUACAGUUAAAUAUUUUGGUCAUGAAAUUAAGGAUGGGUGUCUGUUACCUGAUAGAAAGAAGAUAGAAGCAAUUUCAAACUAUGACAUACCAAAAGACAAAAAGAGCUUACAGCGUUUCUUGGGAAUGGUAAAUUAUCUAAGGGAUUUCAUUCCAAACUUAUCUGAAAUCACCUUUCCAUUGCGUGAAUUAUUAAAAAAAGAUGUAGUUUUUCAGUGGAAUGAUAAUGUACAUUCUAAAUGUAUUGAAGAUAUAAAAUGUAUAAUUAUUAGUCCUCCUGUUCUUCAAAACUUUGAUUCGAGUCUUCCAAUAGUAAUUCAAACAGAUAGUUCACAAAGUGCCAUUGGCAGUGUACUCAUACAAAAUAACCACCCGAUAGCAUUUGCAUCGAAAAGUUUGAGUAAAACUGAAUGUGAGUAUGGUCAAAUUGAUAAAGAGUUUUUAGCUGUUUUAUUUGCAUGUCAAAAAUUUCAUUACUAUAUAUACGGUAGACAUAUAACAAUUCAAACUGAUCAUCAACCACUAGUUGCAUUGAUGAAUAAAGAACUGCAUGCAAUCAGUUCACAAAGACU